CAACAGCACCAAUCCAAGAGGCGUUGGAAUUAGAUUCAGAUGGAUGUUUCUCAAUUUGUUGGACCCUGCAGAGCCGACACUUUGGCAUGGUCCGUCUGGGGAAAGCGAUCUCAGAUGGGAUGUCUUGAUGUUGCUCGCGCAAGAGGCGCUGGAGAGGAGGGCCUUGGGCAUUUUCCUGGAAGCUCUCGGUGCCUCCAAGGGCACAGUGAACUUGCGCGACUUUCGGCAGAGUUGCUUCACCGGCAACAGGACGCUCUACAUCUCCGGAGCUUCCCCGGACGUUUUGUGCCCUGCCGGACGCACUUCGGAACGGGCUGAGGCCGGGGUCGAGCCCGGCUGUCCCCUCUGCCAGCUUGCCAGCCAUGCGAUUUUGGACAGCUGGGAGGUAUGCCAUGGUGAGAAAACAUGGAAGGCCGCCACAUUCUCCACUCUGCCCACAUAAUGUGCGUCGUGUUGACACGCGAAAGCCGCGUCUUUAGGUCAUUUAGCAUCGAAAAAACACGUUCAUCAGGAAAAUAUAUGGAAUUGAAGAGGUCUUGAUUUCGAU